AUCAUCGGCCGGACGCUGACAGGUCUGGGCGCGGGGCUCGUGUCCGGCACUGCGCCCACAUAUGUGGUGGAGAUCAGCACCGAUAACAUCCGCGGCCUAUUGGGAGCGGGAUUUCAGCUCAGCGUCACUAUCGGCAUAUUUUUGGUGUAUUUGUUCGGCGCGUUCAUAUCGUGGAGUUGGCUGUCCUUCAUGUGUCUGUUCCCGCCGUUAGCGAUGUGCGCGCUGAUGGUGUUGAUGCCGGAGACGCCCAUAUGGCUGAUGACGAGGUCGGGCGGCGACCACUCGAAGGGCUCGAAAGUGGAGCAGUCGUUGCAGAGGCUGAGGGCCGCCGACAACGACAACGAGUCGGAGCUGAAAGAGCUGGCCGAGCAGACCCGGGAGACGCAGGGCUCCAGCGGUUUCUCGUUUCGCGAGUCCUCCACAAACCCCCUUUUCUACAAACCCCUGGUCCUGUCGGUGCUGAUGAUGUUUUUCCAGCAAUUUUCCGGCAUAAACGCCGUGAUGUUCAACUCGGCGGCCAUGAUCAAGCAGGCGGGCAGCUCGAUAGAGGGCCGGUACGCGGCCAUCAUCAUAGGUGCCGCCCAAGUG